AUGGACGAAGAACGCACGAAAUAUGCUGCCACAAUUUUGGUAGGCAAAAAACCGCUCGAAGCAACCGAAAUUAUUCGACUACGGCUGUCGCAGGCCAAACUUAUUAACAAGCAGUUCUUUUUGCUGUUCCGGGAGUUGGCCGAGCUGAAACGUUACCACGCGCAACAAUUACGCAAGAUAAUUGCCAAGAAUGAAAAUUUAAAUAACUUGUUGAUGCGGGACAUGCUUGAAAGCAGGGUAUUAACGUCAGACGAGUUGCGCGACUUUCGAUUUGAUUCAUUGGGCGAAGUGGCUGGACUUUGGGACGGAAUCUUGAACGGAUUGAAAGUGGACUUGCAAUCCAGCACCUCUUUGUACCAUUUGCUCGAUAGAAACGUUUCCGCUGAGCUCAAGGAAUCAACUGAAAAAGAUCCCUUAUGGUUGCGGAGUAGAAAGCUGCAUUCCAAUCUGUGCAGAAUAGCAACGGAACACGAUCAACUCACGAAUGAGGACAACGCAGGAUCGGGGUCCGUAGACACCAAAAGAAUUGAUGAAAUCAAUGGCCAAUGGGACUCACAGGCCGCUACUCUAUUCGAGAUUUUCGAAGAAACAGACUACAGGAGACUUUUAGAGCUUCAGAACUGUAUUUCUAGGUAUGAAGGUGGACUGAUCGACUAUUCCAAUUCGAACCGGGAACAGUGUGAGAAGACGAUGGCGCAAGUCUUGAAUUUCGAUGUUGAGGGUGAAAUCGAUCGAUUUGCACAAGCUGCUUUGAAUUACGAUUUCGAUUUUAAAAUACCAGCUAUCAAAGAAAAUGGAAACACUGCUACAGCAGAAACUGCUUCUGGCACUGUCAAUAGACAAGGAAAGUCCACGAAAAGUGGACAUGGAGCCUUCGGUGGACUCGCUAACAGGUUAUCGUCUUCAGGUACUGUGGUCAAGCACGACCUUAUGAAAUCCGAAUUUUCUGAUGCGGCUAACAACACCACACUGAAGCCCAAGCAACCUGCCAAUAAAUUGAAAUCAAAGAUGGGCUCGCUUUUCGGGCGGAAAAAGCUGAAAAAUAAAAAAUCUGGAAAGCUCCAGGAAAAUACUAUUCCUGAAAGGGAGGAAGCUUCGGUAAUGACGGCGGACUCAAACAGAAAUCAAAGCGUAAACGUCACCUCAGACUCCGGUUCUCAAAUCUACACCUCUCGUGCCACUGCUGAGACAUCUGAUCAUGUGAAUGAUGUCGAGUUGCCUCCUCCCAAGCCAAGUUUCGCUGGAACAAGCUCAACGCUCUCGAUAAAUCAACCCUCGUUAAAACCGCAGCCCAGAGGAAGGACAAAUACUGGGGACUUACGUAUGGCUGAUAACACACCACCUGCACGCAGCAACGAUGCUCCUAGUCUGGUAAAUGGCUCGCAAUCUGGUGGGGCGUCCUACUCUACGGUGGGGGCGCCUGAACCCAUCACAAACACCAGCCAUCCUAUCCAUAUACAGGCUCCUCAGGUUCCGGCCCCGCCUCCUGCUCGCAAAACGGGCCAUCCUCCGACUGCUAAUUUAGCAAGGGAGUCGCAUGGUUCUGUUCCCGCCCCAGCUCCAAUUGCGAGACGUGAUAUUCAAUCGACCCUAUUCACUGACUUGUCCCAAGCCGAUAUAGAUGCUCAACAGAGCAAGCGUCAGGUGUCCCUUGCUUCUCAAAUGACUGGCGAAUUGAAGGCUUUGAAACCACAAGUAACAGGUUCAUCGAUAUCAGUCCUACCGGCCUCGGGUCAAUCGAUCUUUCAGCACUCAGAGCUCACAUCUUUUGGACUCAACGCCAGCGUGGCUGAAGUAAUCAAUGCCACUUUCCGCGAAGGAGGUUUGACCUCGUCACAGCUCAUUGGUGAGAUUGCUCUCAACUUCGUGGCCGAUAGCGACACUUUGCCAAUCGACAUUAAUCUGAGGAUUAAAAAUUUCGAAAGCGUGGAAAAGGUUAUUGUGAACCAGGCAUUUAUAGAGCAAGUUGGGACCGAUACCUUCAAAGUAAAUCCACACUUCAUUGAGUCUAAGACAUUAGGCGCGUUCAAAUACGCACUUUCUGAGCCUGCUGCACCUAUUGUGAUAAAUCCAGUAUGGCGGUUUGAGAACCAUCAGUCUAGCGUAGCGCUUACUUUAAGUAUGGCGCCCAGCGUACACGCUUCUAUCCAGCACUUGGUCAUUGAAGAUCUUAUCGUAUUCGUAUCGAUCGAGGGUGCCAAUCCCACAAGUGCACUAUCCAAGCCACAAGGAUCCUUUAGCAGGGAAAAGAAGAGAAUAACUUGGAGAUUCAAGGAACCCAUUACCAUCAAUAGGAACGGCGAAGAACGUUUGAUCGCGAGAUUUUUGACGGAUGGAAAGGCAUCUGAGUCGUCGAAAGGUGUCGAAGCUAAGUUCACAAUAAGAAACUUCCACUCAGGAGACUCUAUCGAAUUGGAAAGCCAAGAAGUCGAUGUUAGCGACCCCUUCGCAGCUGAUGCAGCUUGGAGCCCUGUGACUUCCAAACGUACUUUGGUAGCAGGUAACUAUUCAGGAUUGUCCUAG